AUGGAGAUGACGAUGGGGGAAGCAGGGGAGAACAUUCCGGGUUUGGAAGAUUUCAGACCAGUCGUACUCCGUAUAUGCGAGUGCUUGUCCUUCAGGCUUGCUUGCUGGUCGUUUUGGACAUGCACCAGCAUCAAAGUCAAGUUACGGAGGAGAGACAGAAGACAUCAUCACCAUAAGUCUGUCUGUCGUGACAGAUUCCUGGAUCAGCGGCCCAAAAUCCACAUCCGUGUCCCAUAUUCUCCUCAUAUUAAUCGCUAUUCCGCCCCUUUUCAUAUUGAUGCCAUGUCCAUAGUUACGGAGUCCAAUCGUACCCGUGUCUCGGAGCAACUGCUUGCACGAAUGUAUCAGAUCAAGCGGCUCAACCGGCGUUCAACCGUUGUUGUUUUAGUACUUAUGGAGAAAGACAGCAAAAUCUGA